AUGUUUGGACGAAAAAAGGAGAAAGAUCAGUAUAACAACAGCGAUUACGGGACUAUCGGUCAUGUACCAAAAUCUGCGCCACCGAUUCCAAAUCCAAAGACAAAGCCACACACAUUCAACAUCGUCUUACCUCAAUCAAAUGAAGCACUUGUGAAUCAUAUGCCUAAUGGAAUAUCUCAUCCUAUGAGUCAACCUGCCCAUUCACCCCCACCACCACCACCGCCGUCCAUGAAACCGCCACAAACCCGUCCAUCAUCAGGUCCCAUUUUCUCAAAAUUUGAAAAAAGCAGUCGGAUGUCACCUAAUCAAGGAGAUGCCGCAAGUUCUGAGUCAACUCAGAAGUGUCCUCCUUUCACACAUCGACCUGCGAAUUUGCCGAUACGAGAAGAUGCGAAGGCUAUGGCAGAGCAUCAAACGGAACCACAAUGUAAAAACACAUCGCCAAAGGAUAUUCAUGCUCCAGCACCAAAGCAAAUCUCUCCUGGAACGUUGUAUAAACCUACAGCUCCACCCAGACCAAGCGCUCAA